AUGGUGGUGAGGGAGGAUGUCUGGUCUUGGACGCUCAGUCUUGAUGGUCGGUACUCGGUGAAGUCUGCGUGCUCAUUCCUUAUCAAGGAUCUUAUGGUUAUGGGUAUCCCUCAGGGAGAGGUCUUGAAGGCGGUCUCGAGGGUUUGGAAGUCUUGGGCCCCGUCUAAAGUCAUUGUUUUUUCUUGGCAACUCCUUCUCGACAUGAUCCCCUCUCGUAGUAACCUCAUUAGGUGGGGAAUUUCGCUCCCUGAGGGAGGUGUAGGGUGUGUUUUCUGUGAUGUGCUAUCUGAGUCUUCGGCGCACUUGUUCCUUUCUUGUCCUUCAUUCUUUACUGUGUGGUACCAGGUGUCUAGGUGGUUGGGCUGGGAUUUUGUCAUGCCUCUGGGGCUUGCUCAGCAGUUUCAGGUGUUUACAGGGUUAGGAGGGGGGAAGAGAGUUAGGUUAGGUUUGCUUCUUGUUUGGCAUAUUGUUAUUUGGACCAUUUGA